GGAGCCACUCACCAGGUGCUCUAAGCUGGACAUGAUCACCCUGUCCGGCGGCGUCCCUGACACCGUGAGCCUGGAGCCACUCACCAGGUGCCCUGAGCUGCAGUAUCUCACCCUGUCCGGCGGCGUCCCUGACGCCGUGCUGGACAGUCUCAGCGGCUGCCCCGGGCUGAGGUUCCUUAGACUGGGGGACCGCCAGCGGCCGGCAGAGACGGCCUUCACAGCAGCAGCGGUCACCAGACUGGUGAAGUCGUGUCGGAAGCUGUGGUGGCUGUACCUUCACUGCACGGCAGACACCGGCCGGGCCGUGCUGACCGCCCUGAAGGAGGCGGACCUGGGCCGGCGCAGUGAUGGCCGGCCCCGUACCAUCGAUCUCCGUAUCCCCGGUAGGUGAGAGGGC